AUGAAAUUCCGGUCACUUAUCUCCACAUGCUCCGCCACCAUUUGCACCGCCACCGACGACGACACCAUCACCAGCACACAAAAAUCUCACCCUUUACAACCUAAACUAUUUUUCUCGGACACAAGUAGUAGUCCAUCACUCGACACGAGUUAUAGCCACAGCUACAGCUCCAGUCUGAAUAGCAAUCUCUCACUCCAAACCUUACCUUCGGUCCCAUCUUUACAAAAGCUAUCACCCGAAACUCUCAACCUCGUUAUCUCACACAACUACUUAACCUCCAUCAAACCCACACCAACCGCACAUGUUAACUUCCUAGCCGUACACAACCACCGCUUGUACGCGGCCUCUGGCAACCUAAUUCAUGUAUUCGACACGAAUAUGUUUGUGCUACUAGAUGUUUUCAGUGUCAACGAUUUGUCUUCGGGUUCUAUUAAGUCUGUCAUGUUUCACAAUGGGAAUGUUUUCACAUCUCAUCAAGAUAGUAAGAUCCGUGUAUGGAAGUUAACCGAAAACAAACGACAUAAACAUGCGGCCACGUUACCUACGUUAGAAGACAGGUUGUUAAGGUCUGUUUUGAGUAAGAACUAUGUGAAUGUAAGGCGACAUAGAAGAAGGCUGUGGAUUGAGCAUCAUGAUGCUGUUUCUGGCUUGGCCGCGGUUAAUGAUCAAUUCAUGUGCUCGGUUUCGUGGGAUAAGUAUUUGAAGAUUUGGAAAACGUCGAAUUUUCGUUGUGUUGAGAGUAUUAAAGCGCAUGAUGAUGCUAUUAACACGGUUGUGGUGGCGGUUGAUGGGACCAUUUACACUGGAUCGGCUGAUCGGAGGAUUAAGGUUUGGGGAAAACCGGUUGGUGAGAUGAAACAUGGACUGAUUGCUACUUUGGAGAAGCACAAAUCGGCUGUGAACGCACUUGCAAUAAACAAGGACGGAUCGGUUUUGUUUUCGGGUGCUUGUGAUCGGUCGAUUUUGGUUUGGGAGAAAGAGGAUAGCGCAAACCAUAUGGCUGUGGCGGGAGCGUUGCGGGGUCAUUCUAAGGCGAUACUUUGCUUGAUAAACGUGUCAAAUUUGUUGUUUAGUGGGUCAGCUGAUCGGACCGUCAGGAUCUGGCAACGAGGGCCAGAAGGGAAGUUUUGUUGUUUGACUGUAUUGGAUGGGCAUAGACAACCCGUCCGAUCAUUAGUGGCGGAUUCUGAUUCAUAUGAAUCAGAAUCUGCUUCCACAAUUAUAAAAGUUUUUAGUGGAAGCUUCCAAGGAGAAAUUAAGAUAUGGAAGGUCGUGAUUUCGAACAUUGCUAGUCCCAUGUCGAGGCAUGUGCACAAACUAAAAUUAUGAUCAAACAAUGUUUGAUCUGGUUAUCAACUUUCGUGAUAUUAAUUAAAAAUUAUCAUAUUGUCUAAAUACGAAUUUUUUUUCAGAAUAGCUCAUGUUACAUAGUAGGAAGUGAAGAUGAAAAACAUUGUGAAGGAAAGCAUAUGAAGUUUAGUGAUCCAUGCAUGUACACAAAUCAAGUUCUAAAUAUUAUUAUUACUAAUUAAUA